UUGAUGAGUGAAGAAAGUGACGAAAUAAUACGUUAUGUUAAGGGAGUGCGCGAGUAUCGUGAAUUUAAAAUAAGAACCUAUGUGCAUUCAAUCAAUGAUGCUCUAAAACAACACAUUCAACUUGAUAUGGGAGCAAGGCUUUGCAUCCUUAUCAAUUACUUUCGCGCAGGAAAAUGGUGUGAUGACUGCCUUAGCUUUGUCGUGAGCCAAUUUCAAGAUGAUAUAAUGAUACCCAAGGAUGAAAAAUCCUUUUCAUACGCUUUUAUCUUUGUCCAGAAUGUGCUGAUAUUACCAAAAACUAUCUCGAUAAUUUAUAAUUUUAUUCACAAUAUUUUUUACAAAUAAAUCUGGGUUAUGAACAAUGUUUAACAUUUUAAGAUAUUGGGGAAAUGUAUAGCCUUUAGAAAGAAAAUAAAUAAGAGAAAUACAAUGGUGGGCACAAUAAUUAGAAUUUAGGGAUUGGUAUGGUUUUAGGUUUCUAUUAACAAUUGAAAAAUCUUUUAAAAAUGAAUCAAUAAUACAAAUGCUUGUGGGUAAAUUUAAACUGUCAAAAUAGACUACUUGUUCAUUUCCUUGAACGUAAAUUGA